UUUUCUCUUAACUUCUCUCUUUUUUUUUCUUUUUUUUUCUUUUUGCGGCAAAAGGUCAUGAUUAAGGUGUCUAUGAACGACCACGCCUCCGGUUUUUAUUGUUUCGGCCCCCAAAACCCUCACUCCAAAGCUUUGAGACUUACGAGUGGCUUUCCAGGAGUUCAAUCCGUGGCGCUGGUGGGUGACCAGGAUCAGAUCGAGGUAACCGGGGAGAUCGAUGCAGUCAAGCACACCACUUUGCUCAGGAAGAAAGUCGGGUUCGCAGAGAUAGUGUCCGUGGGUGAGGUCAAGAAAGAAGGCGAGAAGAAAGACAAAUCCGACGAAAAGAAGGACUCACAGCCUGUCGUAUGGUCGUACCCGCACCUUGAAGUGCUCUACCUCGGGGAUUCAUACGCACCGUUCUGGCCCCUGUAGGAUCGACAAUGAUACUCAUAUAAAUGUACAACAUCGAUGUGAUAAGCUAUUUAUAUGAGCAGUUUUGAGAUGUGAAUUGCGGAUUUUCACCUAGAUUGAAAAUAUGUGACCGUGCUAUGGCCGAGACUACUCUCUGAUUUUGACUAGAUGGGGUCUCCAAGAUUCAGAUUAGUGAAACCAUGACCAAUACUUUUUCACAUCUAUUAUAAUUUCAACAUCGAGCGGAUCCUCAUGCCUUCAUGUCGAUAGAGAGUAUGAACCACAACGCCACCGAUUGAUGUCUGAAACUUAUCCAAGGCCGCAAUCUUUGCCAGCCCGACACACCAGGUCAAGAGCCUUAGCAGCUAGCACCACCAUUCUAUGCUUUGGCAUCUCUCUUCCCUCCCUCGAGCCUCUAUCAAGCUCUUUCUCUCUUCACUUUCAAGGCAGAGGUUGUGAGCUCUAAUUGGAGACCUUCACCGCAAAUCACAAGUCGUCUGCCUCAGGCUACCCAAAUAGAAGGUUCCCUAAGGCUGAGCAACCUUCUAGAGAGAGAGACAGAGAGAGAGCGAGAGGACUUGAUGAAGAAGGCCAGCCAUGGAAGGCGGUACAGUGACGUAGCUACACAGAGAGUGAGGGAUAGAAAGGAGUUGGCGUUUGGACUUUUUGAGGGAAUCCAUCUAAAUUAAGGACGUAUAUUAGUUUUUCUAAGGUAAUGUGGGCAAUGUACGUGCAACUGCUCCCUAAUUUAGAACAUCUUUAUCCUUCUGUUAUAAAAGGUGGCGUGUAUCAAAAAAUAAGAGCCGGCAAACAAUUCGAAGUAGAUUUGGUGACAACAGGCGAAUUGGUAACUUACUCGAA